AUGUCUUCCGCUACCACUUUCUUCGACUUCGAGCCCGUUGACAAAUCACUCUUUCCACCACUCCAGAAAAGGGCCAGCCGUUCCCCUCUCUCCUCCCUCAAGGGCAAGGUCGUUCUGGCCGUCAAUACUGCGUCCAAAUGCGGCUUCACCCCGCAAUUCGAGGGCCUCGAGAAGCUCUACAAGGACCUGAAGGCCCAAUACCCCGAAGACUUUGAGAUUCUCGGCUUCCCCUGCAACCAGUUCGGCAGCCAAGAUCCCGGUUCCAACGACGAGAUCCAGUCUUUCUGCCAGAUUAACUACGGCGUCUCGUUCCCUGUGCUCGGCAAGCUCGACGUCAACGGCGAUCAGGCCGCGCCCGUCUUUGCCUGGCUGAAGGAUGCCAUGCCCGGUGUCCUGGGUUUCAAGCGCGUCAAGUGGAACUUUGAGAAGUUCCUGGUCGCGGCGGAUGGAAGUGUCGUGGGCCGCUGGUCCUCCAUCACUAAGCCCGAGACGCUGAAGGACACGAUCGUCCAGGAGAUUGAGAAGGCUCGCAAGGCUGGCACGGCUGCCUCGACAGCUAAGGCUGCCGAGGGUACCGAGUCGGCCAAGCUCGCUUAA